AUGGACUUGAGCAUAAGUCAAAAUGGGAGCGUAAGAAACAUUUCUCUUUGUUAUGAACAUCAUCCUAACUCCUGUCAGAGGUCCAUCCAUCCACUGGCUGUGCGAGUGGUUAUGUAUUUUGUCAUUAGUCUGAUUAUACUUCUUACAUUGUUUGGAAAUCUUCUGGUGAUCAUAGCCAUAACUCAUUUCAAGCAGCUGCACACACCAACUAACUACCUCACUCUCUCUCUGGCUGUAGCUGACCUGCUUGUAGGAGUGACUGUGAUGCCUGCUAGCAUGAUACGCUCAGUGGAGACUUGCUGGUAUUUGGGGAGUUUAUUCUGCAACAUACAUACCAGCCUUUCCAUAAUGCUGUGCACUGCAUCUAUUUUAAAUCUUGCAUUUAUCUCAGUUGAGCGAUAUUAUGCAGUCUGUCACCCCCUGCAGUACCACAGUAAAAUCACUCCUCUUAAUACUCUGUUCAUGAUCACUGUUUGUUGGAGUCUUGCUAUUGCUGAGGGGAUUUUAUAUCCACAGCUAAAUGUUCUGAACAUGAAGGCUUACAGUGAUGUUAUAUGUAAGGGAGCCUGUGUGUGGCUUAUAGGACCCAUGACAAGUUUAUUACUUUCUGUAAUCUUUUUAUAUGUCCCUACCAUUAUCAUGUUGAGCAUAUAUCUGAAAAUAUAUCUUGUUGCACGGAGGCAAUCACGGUUAGUCCUCAACACUCUUGCUCAAGUAAAUAAAUCCAAAGGCCAGCCUGCUGUUAGUAAGGCAGAGAGAAAAGCAACUAAAACAUUAGCCAUUGUCAUGGGAGGGUUUCUGUUAUUUUGGGUACCAUUUUCUAUCUACAAUUUCAUUGUGCUAUUUUCUGGUUUGAGUGGUCCACCACAACUGUUUGAUGUGCUUUGUUGGAUUGCUUUCUCAAAUUCAGCUUGUAAUCCUAUCAUAUAUGCAUUCUUCUACAAGUGGUUUAGAAAGGCACUCAAAGUUAUUUUAUUAGGUCAAAUAUUUAGGAGAAACUCUUCCAGGAUACAGCUGUGUUCAGAGUAG